AUGUCCCUUAUCCAACUCCAACCCCAUCCCUUCACCUCAAUCCCUGCCCACCCUUCCUUCUCCACCGAUCUAUCCCGCCCCGAACUACACCAGUACAUUAGCACCGCCCUCCACGAAGCUCUCCAGCUUCUCCAUUCCAUCCCGUCCACCUUCACGACAGACCCCAAACCGCGCCCAUCCCCACCAUCCCAAGCCAAGGUCAAGCUUCUACGCGGCUGGCGCAAACCCUCCCACCCACGUGCUAGCACUGGAGGGAAAUCAAAGGUCAAGUCCGAUUUUUGGGUCUGUCGCCAAAGCGAACAUGUCGACGCAAGUUCUAAAGGGACCGCGUCGUGGCGCGAAUUCGAGGCGGGACUAAGAUCGCAACAUGCGGAGCAUGAAAUGGAGUAUACACCCAGCGUUUCUGCUGUGGAGAGGCUGGUGGAAUGGGCGGCGGAGGAUAUUGGGGAAGUCGAGGUGGAUGGGACUAGGUUUACAAGUGUGAGUAUGGAGGCUAAUCUGAUAACCCACACCUUUCAUCCAUCAGCCCUGAUAGCUCCGCGCAGCUUUAUAUCCCUUACCAUCUCCGCCGCACACGACAACCUCCCUUCUCGUUCCUCUCAGACUACAGCACAACCACAAUCCCAAGAACAGAACGGCAAGGGCUUCUUCACCAUCCAAAUACCUCUCCACUCAGAAGCAUCAUCCACUCCGCAAGCCCUACACCAAAAGAUUACCGCGUCCAUACCGAAGCGUGCCAUCUUCGCCAACUACGCUAGCGUAGAGCGCGUCGAGCUGAUAUCAGCGGCCCAUUCCACGGAUCAGCCCUCAGCCGAGCAGCAGUCCCAGCCUCAAUCUCGUAUUAAAUGGACGAUGGCGACUACUUCUGAUGCUGGGGGCUCCAUUCCGCAGUGGGUCCAGCGGAGUUGGGCGCUGGGCGGCGUUCCACGCGCGGUCGUCGCGGAUGUGGGGUUAUUCAUUGGGUGGACGACGCGUCGGAGGCAGGCCGUUUGA